AUGUCUGCCUCCUUCCGCGAGGACGAGAAGCCUGAAGAGCUGGCUUCAGAGAACCAAUUCGAAGAUGACGAUUCAGAGACCACAUAUAAGCCAAUUGGCUUAGACGACCCGAAUGAGGUUGAAACUCUUACCCGUAUAGCAACCCAACAGUCUCGGCGACAGUCUACGAUCGGUUCCACACACCGUGUAGCAUCAGCCGCCGCCCAAGAUCCCACCCUUGACCCCAAAUCCGAGAAGUUUGACUUGCGAAAAUGGAUUGUCACUGCCAUGCAAGACGUGGGCCGGGAACGUGGCCAAAAGAUGGGUAUUGUGUUCAAGGACCUCAACAUCUUUGGAUCUGGAUCGGAGUUACAGUUUCAAGACACGGUAUCUUCCAUGUUGACAGCACCCCUUCGGAUAGGAGAGGCCUUCCGCAAGGCCCCCAGGAAGCGCAUUCUCAAGGACUUCAAUGGCCUUCUUAAGAGUGGAGAGCUAUUGCUUGUGCUUGGUCGCCCUGGAGCGGGCUGCAGUACCUUGCUCAAGUCAAUGAUGGGGGAGCUGCAUAGCUUAGAGAUGGGUGAGGGUAGUGUCAUUAAUUACAAUGGUAUUCCUCAGCGCCGCAUGAUGAAAGAGUUCAAGGGUGAAAUGGUUUACAAUCAAGAAGUUGAUCGCCAUUUCCCUCACCUCACCGUUGGUCAGACCUUGGAGCACGCGGCUGCAACUCGUACCCCAUCCCACAGAUUCCAAGGAAUGAGUCGCAGCGAGUUCGCAAAAUACAUGGCGCAGAUAGUGAUGGCCGUUUUUGGCCUAAGUCACACUUAUAAUACUCGCGUGGGAGACGACUUCAUCCGCGGUGUUUCGGGUGGAGAGCGAAAGCGUGUCAGUAUUGCCGAAAUGGCACUUGCUGCAUCGCCUCUGGCUGCCUGGGACAAUUCCACACGUGGAUUAGACUCGGCCACAGCCUUGAAAUUUGUCGAGUCCCUUCGAUUACUCUCGGACCUUACUGGUUCCGCCCAUGCCGUGGCGGCUUACCAGGCAAGUCAGAGCAUUUAUGACCGCUUUGAUAAAGUUAUCGUUCUUUACGGGGGUCACCAGGUGUUCUUCGGACCAGCAAAUACUGCCAAGGAAUAUUUUGAGAAGCAGGGAUGGUAUUGCCCUCCAAGACAAACUACUGGUGACUUUCUGACCUCCAUCACCAACCCAGAUGAGCGUCAAGCGAAGUCCGGUAUGGAGUCUCAAGUCCCUCGUACCCCUGAAGAGUUUGAGGAUGCCUGGCUUAAAUCGUCAGAGUAUAAACAGCUCAUGGCUGAGAUUGCCACAUACGAGGAGAAAUACCCCGUGAAGGAUGACGCUGCCGCUGUUGUUGAAUUCCAAGAAAGGAAACGAGACAAUCAAGCCCAGCACACCCGUCCUACGUCUCCCUAUAUCAUCAGUAUUCCCAUGCAGAUCAAGCUUAACACAGUCCGUGCUUAUCAGCGGCUAUGGAAUGAUGCAGCCUCAACCGUGUCCACUGUGGUCAGUAACAUCAUCAUGGCUCUAAUCAUUGGUUCCACCUUCUACGACUCCCCCAACGCUACCGCCGGCUUUACUUCGAAAAGCGCCGCGCUAUUCUUCGCAGUUCUCCUCAAUGCUUUGACGGCCAUGUCUGAAAUCAACAGCCUUUAUGCACAGCGACCAAUCAUUGAAAAGCACAAUUCAUACGCCUUUUACCAUCCUUUCACCGAGGCAAUAGCAGGAGUUCUUGCCGACGUACCAGUCAAAUUUGUUCUCGCAGUCUGUUUCAAUAUCAUUCUUUACUUCCUCGUCGGUCUCCAACGAAAGGCGGGCAACUUCUUCCUCUACUUCCUCAUUACAUUCAUGAUCACAUUUGUUAUGAGUGCAGUUUUCCGAACAUUGGCAGCCAUCACAAAGACGGUCUCUCAAGCAAUGGGAUUGGCCGGAGUCAUGAUCUUAGCCCUGGUCGUCUAUACAGGCUUCGUGUUACCGGUCCCCUCUAUGCACCCCUGGUUCGAAUGGAUCCAUUAUCUCAACCCGAUCUACUACGCGUUCGAGAUUUUGAUUGCGAACGAGUUCCAUGGACGCGACUUCCCUUGCUCAUCCUUCGUUCCUUCCUACGCUGACAUGUCUGGUGAAUCGUUCUCUUGCAGUACAGCUGGGUCGGUAGCAGGAGAACUGACCGUGAGCGGCGAUCGCUAUAUCUGGCUGAACUACCGAUACACAUUCUCCCAUGUCUGGAGGAACUUCGGAAUUCUGUGUGCAUUUUUGAUCGGAUUCAUGGCCAUCUACUUCAUCGCCUGUGAGCUUAACUCGUCUACAACAAGUACCGCCGAGGCUUUGGUUUUCCGUCGUGGUCAUGAGCCCGCUUACCUGCGCCGCGGAUUGAAGAAAAGCAAGUCUGAUGUCGAGACCACCGAUGAAGCGGCUGUACAGCAUACCUCUGGCCAAGAUGGAAACCAGGAAAUGGGAGCUAUCCAGCCCCAGACUGACAUCUUUACCUGGCGGGAUGUUUGCUACGACAUUGAAAUCAAAGGUGAACCGCGCAGGCUUUUGGACAAUGUUGCCGGCUGGGUCAAGCCUGGAACCCUGACGGCACUCAUGGGUGUCAGUGGAGCUGGUAAAACCACUCUUUUGGACGUGCUGGCACACCGCACGUCUGUUGGUGUUGUGACAGGUGAUAUGCUUGUCAAUGGUCGUGGAUUGGAUCAGAGUUUCCAGCGUAAGACUGGGUACGUUCAACAGCAGGAUCUUCAUCUUGAAACUGCUACAGUUCGUGAGUCUUUGCGUUUCAGUGCGCUUCUGCGGCAACCUGCUAGUGUCUCGGUCAAAGAGAAGUACGAAUAUGUGGAAGAAGUCAUUCGCAUGCUUCGUAUGGAAGAAUUUGCGGAAGCUAUUGUCGGUGUCCCUGGUGAGGGUCUCAACGUUGAGCAGCGUAAGCUUUUGACUAUUGGUGUUGAGUUGGCUGCGAAGCCCAAGCUACUUCUUUUCCUUGAUGAGCCUACUAGUGGUCUUGACUCCCAGAGCUCUUGGUCUAUUGUUUCAUUCCUUCGUCGUCUCUCUGAGCACGGUCAAGCCGUUCUUUGCACCAUCCACCAGCCUAGCGCUAUUCUGUUCCAAGAAUUCGAUCAACUCCUCUUUUUGGCCCGGGGUGGAAAGACAGUCUACUUCGGCCCAAUUGGUGAGCAAUCGCGGACCCUGCUUGACUACUUCGAGCUCCACGGAGCUCGCAAUUGUGGAGAUAGCGAGAACCCUGCCGAAUAUAUGCUUGAUGUUGUGAACGCCGGGUCAAACCCUCAAGGUGAAAAUUGGUUCGAUGUCUGGAAAGGAAGCAAGGAAAGUCAGGAGGUCCAGGUUGAACUUGAUCGAAUCCACAAGGAACAACAGGAGAAAGUCCCGAUUGAGAACUCGCCUGAAGGCCUCACCGAAUUUGCCAUGCCAUUCUCGUUCCAGCUGUAUCAAGUCACCUACCGAGUCUUCCAGCAAUACUGGCGCAUGCCUUCUUAUAUUAUCUCCAAGUGGGGAUUGGGUAUUGCUGCUGGUUUGUUCAUCGGUUUCUCCUUCUACCAAGCAAAAACAUCUCUACAGGGAAUGCAGACCAUUAUCUACUCCGUCUUCAUGCUGUGUACUAUCUUCACCUCGCUGGUUCAACAAUUGAUGCCUCUAUUCGUCGCCCAGAGAUCACUUUACGAAGUCCGCGAGCGUCCCAGCAAAGCCUACUCCUGGAAAGCCUUCCUAAUCGCCCAAGUCAUCGUUGAGAUCCCAUACAUGAUUAUAACCGGUAUAUUCAUCUUCGGCUGCUACUUCUACGCAGUCGUAGGAAUCCCAAGCUCCCUGACCCAAGGCACUGUCCUCCUUCUCUGCAUCCAAUUCUUCAUCUACGCCGGCACAUUCGGACAAAUGGCCAUCGCCGCCCUCCCAGACGCGCAAACAGCCAGCGCUAUUGUCGUCCUGCUCUUCGCCAUGUCACUCACAUUUUGUGGUGUGAUGCAGCCUCCAUCCGCUCUACCAGGUUUCUGGAUCUUCAUGUAUCGUGUCUCGCCCUUUACCUACUGGACCGGAGCUAUGGCUAGUACCCAAGUCCAUGGACGCCAUGUUGUCUGUUCUAACGAUGAACUGAGCAUCUUCAAUCCUCCUUCUGGCCAGACAUGCUGGGAGUAUCUUGAGAAGUAUGCCACCGCUGCUGGAGGCCAGGUACUCAACAAGGCAGCGACUUCCAGCUGCGAAUACUGCUCCGUCACUAUUGCGGAUCAAUAUAUUGCUGGGUCGAACAUCUACUACAGUGAUCGCUGGAGAAACUACGGCAUUUUCUGGGCUUAUAUUAUUUUCAAUAUUUUCAUUGCUGUUAUGACCUACUAUCUUUUCCGGGUCAAGCGUUGGAAUAUGGAAGGUAUCAAAAGGGGCCUUGGACGUUUCACACCCUCAAAGAAGUCAAACUAA